UUUGUGAUACUAUUUCAGUAUUCCUCCGGCGGCUGCACGUACUCAGCGUGUUUUGACUAGAAAUACAUAUAUAUUAAAAGCUUUAAAUGCGAUUUAUCGCACUUAGAUAGUCAGAUGUUUAAAUUUGUUAGUGUUUAUUGAGUCGAUUAUUUUCAUUAUAAUAGCACAGGAGAGAGAGAGAGAGGGCUCCAGAACAGAUGAGAGCCCCUCUUAUAUAAAUGAUCUGUCAGGGCCAGGCAAGGCAAACGCUGUUCAAGUUUAAGAUAAAAAGACGAUUUAUAUGUAAUUAUUUGUUUUUAAAUAUGAAUAUCACUACAGUCUUUAUUUUCCCAGGAUUAGCCAAUAGAGCUGCACGGGCAAGAUGAAGUCAUAGCGGCUGAAUCUGACCAUUAUUCAGCAUUAUCUGCGCUGGAGAGCGGUCUCUCACUCCUCCAGUGGUUAUUCUUUAAAUGUGGUGAUGUGUUUUCGGGAGCUUAUGGGGUAUGUGUGUGUGGGUUAGCAUCAGCUAGCAUCCACAGAUUUUAAGAAUUAAAACAGGCUUCAGCAGAUAACACGGUAAACUACUCAUCUGGACAUUUCUUUACUGCUGUGAAACACAGCUGGGCUUCGGUUAGUGGAGUUACAGCACACUCAAUCAGUUUAGCUGGGCAGAUACGAAGAUAUUAGCCGACGUGCUAACACGAAGGACACCAGGGGCUGUCACAUCAAAACAUUGACUUAUUUAUCUACUCAUUUAUUAAUCACGAAAUAUACCGAGUGCUCGCUAAAGAAUCAUCUGAAGGAGACGGGAUCUUUCCUCGAGGAGUCGGUAUCAGAUACUGAUGCUGAAGUGCUGCUGUUUGCUGUGGAGUGAGAGCUAAUAUGUUUGACUAUUGCAACACGUUUGGAAUUAUCAACACAUUCACAUAUGCAGAAACAUGCAUGGAUACGUCAAUGCAUGGACAAACAGGAUCUAGUUCCACACACCGCAGACUUACGGAUUCAUCUCAGUGCACCUGAGGCCAGGAUCUGUCGGCAGGUGGGUCAGCGUGCUGGCUCCUCCCCCUCCCGGCGGCAGCGUGUGCUCUCAGCCGCCCCCUUGCACCCCGUGCUCGCCAGGCCUACGCGCCCGAGCCCAUGCCCCCAGUUCCACGUGGUCCUCCAACGCCAUGUGUGUCCCGCACACUAUGGAGGCGGGCAAGCACAGCGCCAGCCAAGGACAGGGAAGCUGCGGUGGCGUUCCCCUGGAGCCGUUCAUUCACCAGGUGGGCGGUCACACCAGUAUGAUGCGUUAUGACGACCACACCGUCUGCAAACCUCUCAUCACCCGCGAGCAGCGCUUCUAUGAGUCCCUGCCACCAGAGAUGAAGGAGUUCACCCCUGAGUACAAAGGUGUGGUGCUGGUGUGUUUCGAAGGGGACUCUGAUGGCUACAUCAAUCUGGUGGCAUAUCCGUAUGAAGAGAGCGAAGGGCUGGACCAUGAAGAACUGUCUGAGAGAGAUCAGCCUCGCCGGAAACAUUCUCGACGUAGCCUCCACCGCUCCAGUAGUGAGCACAAAGAGGACAGACAUGCUCAUGACAGCGAUGGCAAUGACAAUCUGCAGGAGCUGAAGAGCCCUCUUCUGGAUCUACAGUUGCAUUCAGAUGUUCCCUUUCAGAUGCUUGACAGCAACAGCGGCCUGAGCUCAGAAAAGAUCAGCCACAAUCCUUGGAGUCUUCGCUGCCAUAAGCAACAGCUCAGCCGAAUGCGCUCUGAGUCUAAAGACAGGAAACUCUACAAAUUUCUGCUGCUGGAAAAUGUGGUCCAUCACUUCAAAUACCCCUGCAUCCUGGACUUGAAGAUGGGCACCCGGCAGCAUGGGGACGAUGCCUCCGAGGAAAAAGCUGCUCGUCAGAUGAAGAAGUGCGAGCAGAGCACAUCUGCCACAUUAGGAGUUCGAGUGUGCGGGAUGCAGGUGUACCAGAUGGACACAGGUCAUUAUCUAUGCAGGAAUAAAUACUAUGGCCGGAGUCUGUCCAUUGAUGGAUUUCGUCAAGCGCUCUUUCAGUUCAUGCACAACGGGACUCUACUGCGCAAAGACCUGUUUGAGCCAGUCCUGAGCAAACUCUGCAGCCUGAAGGCUGUGCUGGAGCGCCAGGCCUCAUACCGCUUCUACUCCAGCUCGCUGCUCAUCAUAUAUGAGGGCAAAGACCCCGAGUCUGCGGAUAGCUGGCAGAAACCCUCCGAACUGCCAUCAGCAAAGGAAAAUCAGGCCACAUCUUCGGAAAACCCAGCAGCCUCGGAGCUCCACACGCCUCCACAGGUGCUGAACGUGGAUGUGCGCAUGAUAGACUUCGCCCAUAGCACCUUUAAAGGAUUUCGGGAUGACCAAACUGUCCACGACGGACCCGACCGCGGCUACGUAUUUGGAUUGGAGAGCCUCAUCAACAUUUUGCAGGAAAUCCGUGAGGAGAACCAGUAGCUGAACGCAUCGCCAGACACAUUUCUCCGAGACUCUUUCAUAGAAAACAAAGAUGUUUGUAAAGAUUGCACAUUUACACCAGUCUGAAGGUGUGUGUGUUUCAGUGUGUAUGUGAACCGUAAGUGGUUUCAUUUGCACACACAAAAAAAAAUGGAGGUGACCUCUAUGAAGGUUCCUGGAAGAAAUGGCUCCCCCAAAACAAGCUGGUGUAGUUAGUUUGUCACAUGGAUUCAUCGCCACCAUGUGGUCAACUGAAGUACUGCAGUCAGGAACCAUGAACUCAGGGCAUGUCCACUGACGGGUCUCUCCUAGAGUGCAGGAUUGCGAGACAAAGAAAAGGUGUGUGUGUGUGUGUGUGUGUGUGUGUGUGUGUGUGUGUGUGUGUGUGUGUGUGUGUGUGU